AUGGCCUCCAGUAGCACGGUAAUCACUGAGCAGCGUAAUGACCUAAGUGACUGUUCAGAAGAAAGCGAAGAAAGCCCGCCUAGCUUAAACGAAAGGGAUCCAGUUGAUUAUGGUGUUACAUUGAAUAAUGUGGAACUGUACAAUGCGAUACGGAGCGAAAAGGAAGAGGCAAGGCGUCUUCGAGAGGAGAACGAUCGUCUCCGGCAGGAAGUAGAAUACCUCAAGUCUCACCUGAGCACACCAUGCCAGGAUUCACCUGAAACCGAGGUCGUCAAGGAGGAAGAUCUAGCAGAAGUGCUGAAUGUCGCUGACGACUUCAAAACGAACGUUGAUGAGAUGAACGCGGAAUUACGCAGACUGCGGGCGUUCUUGCAUGACGUCACGUUCCGUCUAGAAAGUUUCGACAACACGGUCGCGGAAAUUUGCAAGCAGCAUGCUGAAAUGACCGCCGAGGUCACCAUGUGUGCUGGCGAUAAAGGUUUCAGCCCGUCUGCAAGCCGACGGUCCGGUUCCACUGAUGGUCGCAUCCGGCAACACCGACGAAGUCCGCCGCUGAUCAGUUCGACGGAAAACAACCUUGAAGCUUCACAAAGACUAUCUGACAGCGUAGAUCGCAUGAUCACUAUCAACGAAAGCGCGCUCGAAGACGAGGACUUGAAAAUGCCUAAUGACAUUUCAGUCACAAAUAACGCCACCCCUGUCAGUGCCGAAUCCACUGCCGACAAGGACACUGGUGCAGAAUCUGACUCAGACGCUGUUUCUACUCCUCGUUCGACGUCCGUUUACAACAGGCGAUUUUCGGCGUCUUCCUCCAUAACUACGCCUGAACGAGAAGCCGUCGACAGUUCUGAAUCUCAAGGAACAUCUCUGUCGCCGUCAUCAAGCGAAACGCGGCGGUCCUUUCGCCGACGAAGCAGAAUCAACUAUCGCGAGCCGUCGUUGACCAAAAAACUGCGACGAGGCGACACUUUUUUCGAACCGAUUGAGGGAAAGUGA